UUGUUUUUCGCAAUUUUAUAUUAUUUGUUUGUGUCUUUAUUGUGCAUGUGAAUGAUGGUUCUAAUUGGCCGAAUAACACCACCAAAUGUUGGAUUGGCAUUUUCAUCUGACAAUGUUCAAUUAAAAAUUGGACAUGAAACUAUUGGCACUGGCAGUGUGUACAUUAGUCAAAAUUCUUUAGUUUGGCGGCCUGACAAUUUGGAGCAAGAUGGUAUUUCCAUAUUUUGGAAGCAGAUAAGUGUGCAUGGCAUUUCAUCCACUCCUAGUAAUUGCAUUUAUUUUAUGCUUGAUCAUCAACUAAAAUGGCCUGGAAUUUACGAGGGAGACAUUCACAAUCAUUCCAAUGGAAUUGCAGAACCUCCACAAAGUGGCAGUGAAAAUGAAAGUGAAGAUGAGGAAAAUGAUGUUUACGAAGAUGCCGAAGAAGUUCAAAUGACGGAAUGCUGGCUUAUACCGCAGGAUUCAAACUGUGUCAAUACUAUGUAUCAAGCCAUGACCGAAUGUCAGGCUUUGCAUCCCGAUUCAGAUGACAGUAUAUCCGGAGACAGUGAAUAUAUGGACGAUGAGGAAGAAUGUGAUGAUAAUGAGAUUCCAGUGCUUGGUGGUAUUGAUGAGAAUGCCAGUGUAGAACAAGCCAGAGAUAAUAUGAAUAAUAUGUCCUUGAAUGACGAUAGGUUUGCUGAUGCUGAUGAAUAAAAUAUUUUUUACAAUAUCAUUUUUCUUUAGAAACAAAUUUUUAAAUUAGCUUUUACGAACAUAUUUGUAUUAAACUUUUUUAAUAAAAACCGGAAAAAUAACCUAAAAAAAACGUUUUUAAU